AUGGUUUCGGACAGGGCUGAUCGAGGUGGGUCAGUCCGAAUUGCGGGUUCCGCGAUGGUGAUUGCUGUUUCCAAUCCGAGCAAGUCGGUCUUGACAGCAGAGAUCAUUCUGCAAAGUAUCGGACUAUCACCUCUUUUGUUCGAAGUGAGCCUUGUCCUGUUGCGAAGGCUGGACGAAGCGGACACGGAAACACAAGUCAUCUUGUCUCUGGUCUGUGCCGUGGUCGGUGAGACAAUGAAUAUCUCCGCCUGUAGGGAUAUUGGCUCGGCUGUGUUCGUCAUUACCUUUGCAUUCGUGAUCAGUCUCGUACUUUGGAUUGCAAUCGCGUACCGCACGGUUCUGCCCCGGAAUGGUCACCGCGGCGUGAUGCUGGUCCUUGCCACUCUGCCAUUCUUGGCUGUCAGAAUCGCCUGCUUUCUGCUGAGUGAGUAUGGAUCGGAUGAAUUCAACGCUGUCACUGGCAAAGAGGGGAUCAAAGUUGGCAUGGGCCUGUUGAUGGAGGUUGUCGUCGCAAUGCUUCUAUUGUUAUCACGAGGCACGAUGGAGCCAUUUGGAUAUAAAACUCUCCAUACCGAGGAAUGCGAGAGAGGCGACAGGCCUUGA